UAAAGUUGUGGAGUGUCGAGGUUAUCGUGGACAGUUUUAUGGAAUUAUUAUCUGGAAAUUCGCUUGAGAUCUCUUCGGAAAUAAACGAGAUGUUAUAAUUAUCUCAAGAUGAAUGCUCUACUGAUAUUAGGUUUCAUUUUUGUGGCUAUUUACUCCUGCGUUUCAUGGCUCUUACCAACUUUGUUGUCAUGGCUGUUCAAGAGAAAAUACCAUAUAAAACUAAAAAUAGGCAGAAUCGCGGUAUUGAAACUGAUCCUGAAAGACGUCAGUCUGUCGAAGGAUAGAUACUUUGUACACAUAGAUGAAAUAUCAUUCCGGAGCAGUUUCUUCAAUUCGGAGAUAAACAAGCUGGUUUGGGUGGUGAUCAAGGGUGUAGAGAUCACCAAUAAGGUAGAAGAGAAGCGUAGCGUGGUUGUGGAGACCAUUUUGAAGCCCCUACUUUCUAAACAGAACUCUCUCUCAAGGUCUGAAAGAGGGUACGAUGUAGGAACAAACCUGGACUCUUUAAGUGCUGACUUAAGCAGAGCAGCUAAUCAGGAGUUGCUAGAUUUUAGAGACAAGAAAUUACCUCACAGUUUGAUAAUGUUUGCACAGUUUAUGGGUGUCCACAUAUUCGAUGCAUCAGUGACAAUACGUAACAGUAUCGCACCCAACGGUUCCAUCCAAAUGACUGCGUCUGAAGUGCAUGCGGACGGUGCAGCAGGCGGCCCAGCAAGAGCUCUGGUGUUCUCCGCCAACCUGGUAGACGUCCAAGCCAGGAUGUUCAAAGACAACCACUGUUUAGGACACGCUGGGUGUAGUCUGUUGGUUGAGGGCACUGUGAAGGCAGAUGGACCUCUAAAUGUUGAGAAAAUACAUGCUGCAAUAAGUACCAUGUAUGUGUCAUUAGAAGAUGAGCUGUAUAACUUCUUACAAAAGCACAAAAAACACAAACCAGCCAGUGUGAGGCCAGACAUCAUCAGUGAGGACCACAUCGCCACCAUCAUUCCAAGAUUAUCACCAGUAAUACCAAAGAUAUUUAGUUUAAAAGCAGACCACACGACACUGGGCUGUGUAGAUGACGUCACGAAAACAAUAUUUCAGAUGUCCUUACAAAGUUUACAAGUGAACUCCCGCUUCAGCGCCGCUUCGGUGAUGGUAGACGCUAACGGGGCCGAGACUGCGGGGCUUCCCCAGGUGUACGUGGCGUUCCAGGCCGACCAGUACCAGCUGACGGCGGCUGGCGAGACGCUCGCGUCGCUGAACAAGCUCAAACUUGACGCUAAGCUGGAAAAAGGCGUUCUGAACUUAUACCUCAUAAUAAGCACGCUGAAUGUUAUGUACGAGCACAGUGACGUCUUCAAGUGGUACUCGUCCCUAAACAAGAGGAAACAAUUGAAGCCUUUGCACCUUAGAGAAGAAAAUAAAUCAUGGUCAGGUUCUUCGCUCCUGUCGCGGGCGGUGAGCGGAUGCGUGGUGCAGGGUUGUGCAGAGGUGCGCGGGGUUCGAAUCCUGACCAAGCUGGCCAGGGAUAAGGCCCUGUCCUUUGGCUGCGCGGGGGUCAAAGUCAAACUCGACCAGCUGCUGGAUACUAGAGACGAGCCGUACCAAUGGGCGAUGGCCCGCUGCGUGGUGGGGCGGCGGCACUGGAGCGCCGAGCUGCUGGUGGACGGCGGCUGGGCGGCCCCCGGCGGGGCCCCGGCGCCGCCGCCCCCGCGCAAGCAGCACGCCUGGGGCUCCGCCCUGCUGGCUGUGGCGCUGGUCAAGUGGGGCAGCCACGGGCCCACUGACUCCAAGGUAGACGGAGACUGGGCGGCCCCCGGCGGGGCCCCGGCGCCGCCGCCCCCGCGCAAGCAGCACGCCUGGGGCUCCGCCCUGCUGGCAGUGGCGCUGGUCAAGUGGGGCAGCCACGGGCCCACUGACUCCAAGGUGGAAGCCAUGAUGGACUGUCUCCGUCUCGAAUGGAGUACAGCCAUCGCAGAAACCAUAAUCACUCUCGUGGACUGCCUCAACGAGUACCGGCCUACCAAAGUAACCCAAGCCCCGCCCCCUUCGCCCGAGGGCGUGGCCUCAGAAUCAGCGGACCAAUCGCCGUGCAACAUCGCCGUGAACGUAGCGCUGUCGCAUAUCAACUUAUUCUUUAUUAUUGAUGAGAACAUGUGCUUGAUGACGAGGGUUGAUGCCGUGACGUUGGAGAAGACAGUCAGCAAGUCUGGCGCGGUCGUGAGCGGGCUGAAGGCUGUUGAUAUGGUGCCUUAUAAAGGUAAUUUCCUCUGCCAAAGAUCCGACGAGAUCCUCAACUCUUUCUUCCACGUGCGUCUCGCCAGAAUCGAACACGUGCCUUCCAAGGAGCGUUUCUCCUCACUACUAGACUUCCAGUUCAUUGAAACCGUCGAGUUCGAAUGGAGCGCGAAUUUGCACCUUAAGAUACUGACUUUAGUGCGAGCUGUCAAAGGAUUUAGACAGGAACUGAGAAAGAAAACCGCCUCUCCUGAGUCUUCGGUGGAUACGAAGACGAAAGGGAGAGCGUCGGAUUGGAGAGUCUCGUUCAAGGGCGAGACCAAUUUGGGACUGCAUUUGUCGAAGGAGAACGACAUGCUGUUUACUACCGAUGACAUGACGAUAUCCUACGAUCACGAGGCCGGCUUAUCCAUCAUAUGGGUCCAGAUGAAGAUGGUUCUCAAUGGCGACGAGAUUAUAUCCGUGGAUGGAUAUUGCAUGGAGCGAGCGACGAAUGACCAUGAGGUCAGGGUGGAACGGAAGGCGAAUGAAGGCUUCGUGUUGGCUUGGAAUAAAGUAUGGUCAGUGAACGUGGAUUCCAUCCGCGUGGUGUUCCCGUACAAGCACCGGUUCGCGGACGCGGUGCAGGGCGACUUCGUGUCGCUGUUCAAGUGGGUGAAGCUGGUGCACGCCAUCAAGAAGAAGCCCUUCACUGCCGAGAGUCCGCUGCCCAGCGACUUGCAUAUCAAGAUUCAAGAAAUCUUAAUCGAAAUGAGUGACGAUCCGUUCGAAGUGAAACUGCGUGACAACUACGAGCUUUUAGAGGACGAGUACAAGGAAAGUCAAAAGAGACGGACUAUGCUUGACGCUAAGGUGCAAGAACUAUGCAAGCCCCACCUAUUCUUGCCCGCGGGUAAAGUCGAGGAGCUAUACUCGGCCUUACGUCAGAAGGACGCUCAGAUCUACGUGCAGCGUUGCCGAGCCGCGCCGCCGCCACGCACUCGGCUUGUGGCUUGUUGCCUUAGUGGCUUCAGGCUUAUAGCAUUAGCUGACCCUUCCAUACAUGGCGCACAGAACGCGCAAGCGAAGAUGAGAGAUAUAGAUUUUGACAGCCCGUGGCCGGAGGACGGCAUGGAGUUCACGACUCUGUGGGCGCGCGGCGUGCAGCUGGGCGUGGCGCAGUGGCAGCUGCUGCUGCGGGACUUCCCGCAGCCGCUGCUCAGCUGCCGCGGCCUGCGCAUGUGGGGCACCGUGGCCGCCGCCGAGGACCAGCCGCCGCCCAGAGCGGUUCGCACGGUGACAAUAGACCAGGGCGCGCCGUGGGGCCCGUACGAGUUGGAGCGUAGCAUGAUGCCUCUCAAAUGGUAUUACGACUUGUGCUGCGAGAUGGCUCAGUACAGCUACGCCUUCGGGCCCUGUUGGGAACCGGUCAUCGCACACUGCAACCUGUCUUUCGACCAAGUGUCCCGGCCCUCCCUGGACCCCUCUGCACCCUUGGCCUGGUGGGAUAAGGUCCGGUUGCUCAUGCAUGGGCGGCUGACGGCCAACAUCGCGCGCUUCACGUGCCUGCUGCACGUGUCGCUGGACCCCUACAACACCACCGAGGAGAUGGAGCUCACGUGGAGCGACCUGGUGCUGGACUGGACCAACGGCAAGCUCGGCUUCCUCGGCGAGCUGAACGUAUUCGUCCGCACAGCGAGCAAGUACGACGACUGCCGCGUGCUGCGCGUGCCGGCGCUGCGGCUGUGCGCCAAGCUCGGCUGGCAGUGCGUCGGCGACCCGCGCGACCACCACGCGCAGGCGCCUUGCGCGCCUACGAGAUUGCCCGAGUACUCUAGUAACCAGGAACACGACUCUUACCGCGCAUUCCGGUCUCAAGGGCUAGAUAUCCACUUGAGUAUGGAGACAAAGCCCAUAGACAGGGAUGGACCUGUGCUGCUGCUUUACGGGAGCACUUUAAGGUGGUUCGAGAGCUUGAAGUUGAUUCUAUCCGGCGUGACGCGGCCGACACGGCGCGGGCGCGUGUUCAACAAUGUGCGCCCGCGCAAGCCGCAGCUGUCGCGUCACUACCGCAACGUCAGCGUGUCUCUCACGCUGCAUAACCUGCAGGUGUUCUACUGGUCAUCAUCAUCCAUGCAGCGAGGCAUCGAGAUGCUCGGCGUCCGCGUGACAUGCGGCUCCAAACACCGGUUGACUCUAGUCCCGGCCGCCGACGGGUUACUGCGGCGUCCCCGAGCUAACUGGACCACGGUGUAUAUGAACUGUGAUUUGAAUGACGCGGAGAUCUGGCUGAAGACCACCGCUGCGGUGGCUGAGGACAAGGAUAAUGAUGCGAACUCGUCAGUCCUCCGCCCGCCAGAAGUAGAGAAAUGGUACUGCGUGUCAGUGCGGCGCGUGUCUUACGGGCGCGAGGCGGCGGGCGCGGGCGCGGGCAGCGCCACGCACCGGCUGGCCGUGCACGACCUGCGCGGCGCCUGGACCAAGCUCAACCGCGACCUCGCCUUCGCGCUUAUUGACACCUACAUAAAGACGCAGCAACUGAAGAAAAAUCUGUCAACAAAAGCUUUAAAAGAAGAAGAGAAGCCGAACUCGUCCCCGAAGAGAGAAGCAGAUGUAGUGUCUCCACCGCCAUCCAAUGCUCAGAUGACGCGUUUCGUGCAUGAGCGCGUUUACAAUGUUUGA